CAGCUCGGGGCCCUCAAGCCCCCUGCCCUCCUUCCCCCAGGAUGACCCGGCACGGCAAGAACUGCACGGCGGGGGCCGUCUACACCUACCACGAGAAGAAGAAGGACACAGCGGCCUCCGGCUACGGGACCCAGAACAUCCGGCUGAGCAGAGACGCUGUCAAGGACUUCGAUUGCUGCUGCCUCUCCCUGCAGCCCUGCCAUGACCCCGUGGUCACCCCGGACGGUUACCUGUACGAGCGUGAAGCGAUCCUGGAGUACAUCCUGCACCAGAAGAAGGAGUUCGCCCGGCAGAUGAAGGCCUACGAGAAGCAGCGGGGCGCCCGUCGCGAGGAGCAGAAAGAGCUGCAGCGGGCAGCCGCCCAGGACCAGGUCCGGGGCUUCCUGGAGAAGGAGGCAGCCAUCGUCAGCCGGCCCCUCAACCCCUUCACACCCAAGGUGGCUCCCGGGGAACCCUCAGACGAGGCCCGAGCGGGGUCCAGCACGGGCCCGGCCAGCAAGGACAAGGACAGAGCGCUGCCCAGCUUCUGGAUCCCGUCGCUGACCCCCGAGGCCAAGGCCACCAAGCUGGAGAAGCCGUCGCGCACGGUCACCUGCCCCAUGUCGGGGAAGCCGCUGCGCAUGUCGGACCUGACGGCCGUGCGCUUCACGCCGCUGGACAGCUCGGUGGACCGCGUGGGGCUCAUCACCCGCAGCGAGCGCUACGUGUGCGCAGUGACCCGGGACAGCCUGAGCAACGCCACGCCCUGCGCCGUGCUGCGGCCCUCCGGGGCUGUGGUCACCCUCGAGUGCGUGGAGAAGCUGAUCCGGAAGGACAUGGUGGACCCGGUGAACGGGGAGAAGCUCACGGACCGGGACAUCAUUGUGCUCCAGCGGGGCGGCACAGGCUUUGCGGGCUCCGGAGUGAAGCUGCAGGCGGAGAAGUCGCGGCCCGUGAUGCAGGCCUGAGCCUGCGGGGGACGAAAUAAACGAGCUGGGACGUAAAAAUGGCCUCGGUGCGGCGCCGUCAUUGUCCACUGGGCACCCU